GUCUUCCACUCUCAUCUACGUCGAUGCCUGUGUGGAGGGAAGCUUUCAGAUGGACAUGCGUGAGGGCAAAUUGAACACUCUCCAGUCCAUCGCAGACGCUCCUGAAGCCAUCUUCUUGAAUGUGAAGCUCGGUUUCACCCUCAAAUACCUUCACUAUCAUUCCCUGCUGGAGUUCCGUGCGUUCACUUCUAUAAAGGCCUAUCUCGAUGUAUACUCUCAAGUAUACUCCAGCCACACUGGGGAUGGCGGCCAUUUCCGCGGCAUGCAUGCUGCAGCAGUUAUGUACUACUUGGCCUUGGAUGAGUUCCCGGCUGCAGAUAUCCCAAUGAACUUCCUCAUCGGUCAGGUCGUCAUGGACGGCAAUGCCGAGGUCCACAUCAAGUGUCCCGGCGACAAGCAACAUCCAGGCAAGCACCGUGCAAAUGGAAAGAAGAAGCCUUAUGGGUACAGAUGGUUCAUGGCUGUUCAUCCGGGUACGCAGCGGAUCUUAGCUGUGUCCUGCCUCAAGAAACCAGGGGGAAAUGAUGUUGUGGACGACGUCCUCACCCGCACCCUUCCGAAGUACAAGAACAUGAACGGAGUGAUCAUUGACCGGGUAUGCUCGUUCCUGCUUCGUGCCAAGUCACAGGCAAAGUUCAAGCAGAUCAAAUAUUGGUCGGUUGAUUUCUUUCACGCCCACGGACAUAAUGCUUCCCGUCCAUGCAAUCCACACCACAUCCCUCGUCUCGCCAGAUGCUUUAAAGGGAUCAGCACCUCUGCUGCAGAGCAGGUGUUUGCGUGGUUUAGAAACUAUGCCAGGGUGUUGAAUGAGACAACUGCCAUGCGGCACUCUUUCAAAGUUCUCUACUUCUGCAAGCUGCACAACACUGCCAUGCAGAAGGAUGGAUCCUUCUUGCUUGUCCGAGUAUCCCCACAAGGGCGAGAG